GCAUUGCUUGGCUGACCACAACCAUCACCCUUGGGACGAAAGCUGGCUCGCCUCCACGACCGCAAAGCCUAAACCAUAGUCCAUAAUCGCCAGCAUGGCGCAGAAAGCCACCAAAACCCUCGCCGCAUCCAACGCGCGCCGCCUCAACCAAACCCUCUAUGCAACCCUCUUCAUCCACGGCCUCUUCUGGCUGCUGCGCGCCUUCGUCUUCCGCUCCAGCUUCACGCGCCGCUCGCUGAUCCUCUACCUCGUCCUCUCCGCCCCGCAGCUCUUCAUAAACUUCCAAUUCGAGCGCAUCGCACGCCCGGUCUACCACCCCGAUGGCAGCAUUAAGCGCGCGGGCGAGGAUCUCGAAGCGAAGGGGCUGACCGAGUAUAUGUGGGAUGUGAUGUACUGGACGUACGGAUGCAUACUGCUGGCCAGUGUUCUGGGCGACUGGGCGUGGGUUUGGUGGGCGGUUGUUCCGCUGUACUCGGUGUAUUUGGCGUACACGACGUAUACGGGGAUGAGGGGCGGAUUUACGGACGCGGCGGGCGUGCCGCAGCCGGGCGCUGCGAGUAAGCGGCAGCAGAAAAUGGAGAAGAGGGGUGGGCAGAAGGUCCAGUAUCGAUGAAGAGGGGAGCACCCGUGGACAGCAAACUUCACAUGACGAGCCGCAACAGAAGACCAACACCCAGCGCUAGACGAUUGGUAGAAAGGAGUGAAUGCAUUCAAUGGAAACGGAUGCACCCAGAUGUUCCGCCCGUCUUCGCGUGGGGUUAAGGUGCGAAGGAGGGGAAUGAUGCCUGGAUUCGCGCCAUCUGGGGUUGGCAUAUCUGAGAACAGAAGCCAGAAAGUAGUGUAAAUGCUUGCUUCUUCAGCAUUCGGAGCGUGCGGCACCCAACGCAAAGACACCCGCUCCAGUAUGCUACAUGGAAUAUAUGGAAUAUACACAAUGAUAC